GCUCUGUUUUCGUCGGCUGCUAGUAUUUCCUUGCAGCUCGUACGUAGACCCAGUACGCUUGCGUCGUAGCGUACAACCGCGGCCGGCGCUUACUUAAGAGGCGAAGGACAGAACGCUGAGGACCAUUCUCCUGCGUGCGGCCCGUGUUCCGGAGUGUGGUGAGCGACUGGCUGACUGUCCCAACGCUGUCAAAUGCAACCCCCUCGUCGUUAGUUUCGACUUUCUUCCUUCGAUGUGCGGUGAACGUAGUUACCAGAACUUAUGUGUGCCUGCACUGAAUGUAAUUGUACAGUGACUCAGUUGGAAUUAAUGUUAGUGUUGCCGGGGAUUUUAUGUGGAAUCUACAGCUGUUUUUGGUGUUGCCAUACUAUGCCUCCGUGUUUAGAUUACGUAAUCAGUUUAUCUCAUCCUCUGUAUAUAAAUUAACAUGUUUAAAAUCCGAACAUUUAUGGACUUUUGUCAGUCGGAGUUUGUCUGUUUGAGAGUUGGUGGAUUUAUUGGCGUAUCGUCAGCGUUAAUCGAUGCUGCAGUUUAUGGUGAAAAAUCUAGUAUAUGAUAGACUUUAACAUCAUAUAGGAUUUAUCAGAAUGUUAAACGAUAACAAACAUUGUCAACCGUUUGAAUUAAUUCUAAAGUAAAAUGAAUCUUGGGGAAUUAUUUAUGCAGAUAUCCGAAUGCCCGUAAAACGUGUAACUGAUAGGCGUUUGCUGCGAUGUUAGGUCCCAGUGCACUCCUCGCCGUUCCCCAUAGCUGAAAAUGGCAUCGCUUCGUCUGCCCGACUCUGAGGAGUACCAGUUUGAAAACCGGCGGCGUACCGGCAGUACCGAUUCGUCCAGUAACACUUUGCACUUGUCCGCUAGAUCGCAGGAGUACCGCCAGUUGGUAUGGAAUGUAAGUAACCGACGUAUAAUUAGUGAAGAUGGAACGAAAUUGGUGGACUUCUUAGGAAACACGUGGCUAGACCUAGUUACGAUGACCAAUAGUAAGAAUGGUUCUCUGAAUGCUUUCCACGGCAGUGGGAUAGACGGUUCAGUUCAUGACGAGCCGGGAAGUGGUUUGAACGAAAGUAUUCUGAAUGCUACAGCGGCCAACGGCACGGACCCGAUCCCGUUCUACAGACACUCCUUUGCAAUGACGGCCAUGUAUUGUUUCGCCUACAUCCUGGUGUUCGCGGUCGGCUUGGUCGGGAAUUACUUUGUAAUCGCCGUAGUCUAUCGGUCGCCACGCAUGAGGACAGUGACGAACUUCUUCAUCGUUAACCUGGCUGUUGCAGACAUCCUGGUGAUUAUCUUCUGUCUACCUGCUACCCUCCUGUCCAACAUAUUUGUCCUUCGUUUUCGUUCCACUGCCGAUCCUCCUGCUAAAGCGUCGUUUACGCCGGGAACACUUGCUGAAGUAAGUCCUUGAGGCGAGGCUACUGAG